GUGGUUGUUCCUCCGGGACGGCAGGUGGCGCUGCUGCUUGUUCCCCCGCACAGGACGCCGGUGUGUGACAGGCAGCAUCAAACUGAAAGUGGACUUCUCAGCCGGGAGGGUCCACUAACUUUUAACUUCUAACCCCGGAAUACAAUCCUAGUGAAGUGAAAAAUGUCUCGCAGAUACGACUCCAGGACGACCAUCUUCUCUCCUGAGGGACGCCUCUACCAGGUGGAGUACGCCAUGGAGGCCAUCGGCCACGCAGGAACCUGUCUGGGCAUCUUAGCGAACGACGGCGUGCUGCUGGCGGCCGAGAGGAGAAACAUCCACAAGCUGCUCGACGAGGUUUUCUUCUCCGAGAAGAUCUACAAGCUCAACGAAGACAUGGCCUGCAGCGUGGCCGGCAUCACCUCAGACGCUAACGUGCUAACCAACGAGCUGCGGCUAAUCGCACAGAGAUAUUUAUUGCAGUACGAGGAGCCGAUCCCCUGCGAGCAGCUGGUGACAGCCCUGUGCGACAUCAAGCAGGCGUACACACAGUUUGGAGGGAAGCGGCCCUUCGGCGUCUCUCUGCUCUACAUGGGCUGGGACAAACACUACGGCUUCCAGCUGUACCAGAGCGACCCCAGCGGCAACUACGGCGGCUGGAAGGCCACCUGCAUCGGCAACAACAGCGCCGCUGCAGUGUCGAUGCUGAAGCAGGACUUCAAAGAGGGAGAGAUGACUCUUUCCUCGGCUCUGGCCCUCGCCGUCAAAGUCCUCAACAAAACCAUGGACGUCAGCAAACUGUCAGCCGAGAAAGUGGAGAUCGCCACCCUGACACGAGAAAACGGGAAGACGAAGAUCAAGGUGCUGAAACAGAAGGAAGUGGAGGAGCUGAUAAAGCGGCACGAGGCCGAGGAGGCCAAGGCUGAGAAGGACAAGAAGGAGAAGGAGCAGAAAGAAAAGGACAAAUGAACACAGUGCCUGUUUUUCACCCAGUUUCAACACUUCCUGCAAUGCAUUUUGUCUUUUACAUUAAAACUGUCAGAUAUUA